UGCUGUGCUGUGCUGUGCUGAGCCGGGCCGGGCCGGGCGUAGCGGGCGGCCGGUCAGCGUCAUGGCGUCGGCGGCGGGUCUGGCUGCGGCGGCGCUGGCGGCGAUGGGCGCGCUGCUGAUGGCGCCGGGGCUCUCGCAGCCGCACGGGGGGGAGGGCCUGGCAAGGGGCGGCAGCUCGCGCACCGCGCGGCGCAUGGACCAGGCCGUGCUGCUCGUGCGCAACGAGCUGCGCGCGCCGCGCCUCAACCUGUCCGCGCGCGCCGGGCCCUGCCACCAGUGCUUGUAUCAGUUCCUGGCAUUUGUCCCACCAAGCAAUGGGAGCCUGAGGGAACCUGGCAUGGUGGUGGUAAUGGUUGAUACCCAGCAUCCACUCACCCUGCUGCUCAACAGUUCUGGGGGUGAUGAAGAGCUCUGCAAGAUUCAGUAUCAUUUUGGAGAGUUUGGUAAUUAUUCCCUUGUGAUAAAGACCCUAAAUACAAGCACCAAAACUGUUUCUUGUGACAUAGUCAUCAAUGAAGGCCCUAUCAACAGCUACCUGCCUAUUCUCUUUGCUUUCCUGGUUUACACGGGGAUCCUUGUUAUUCUGGUUGUUGGGCGCCUUUUUAUGAAAAUUGAUCCAGUCAGAAAUUGGGUUUACAAGAAACUGAACCUCAGAGAAACUGAUCAUCGGAUUAAUUCUAUGGCGUGUGGAGUAUCUGCAAAUAUUGCAAUAUGGUGGAGCUGUGAAGGGGUUAGAGGUAGCAAGCGAGGAAACAGAAGGCAGAGGAAGAUGGUCAUAACAGACAAAUACAGUGAGUUUGGAUCCCCGAACACAACAGAUUCAGUUGGCAGUGAUGCCUCUCCGCGUUUGUGGAGCACAGCUUCUAGGCAACGCCUUCGUUCCCUGGACACAUUCAGAGGGCUCUCUCUUAUAAUUAUGGUGUUCGUUAACUAUGGAGGAGGAAAAUACUGGUUCUUCAGGCAUGAGAGUUGGAAUGGAUUAACAGUGGCAGAUCUGGUGUUUCCAUGGUUUGUGUUCAUCAUGGGGACAUCGACAUCGUUGUCACUGAGCUCCAUGCUGAGACGGGGAGCUUCCAAGAAGCAGGUGUUUGGGAAAAUCCUCUGGAGAAGUUUUCUGCUUAUACUGCUGGGUAUCAUAGUUGUGAAUCCCAAUUACUGCCUUGGACCAUUGUCUUGGGAUAAUCUGCGUUUUCCUGGGGUGCUCCAGAGACUGGGAUUCACAUACCUGGUGGUUGCUGCUCUCGAACUCCUGUUUACAAGAGUUGGGGCUGAGAGUGGGAGCUUGGAGACGCCAUGUCCUGCUCUGAAAGAUAUUCUUCCCUACUGGCCACAGUGGAUUUUCAUGCUGAUGUUAGAAGUGAUUUGGCUCUGCCUGACCUUUCUGUUACCAGUGCCAGGUUGUCCCAGGGGUUAUCUUGGUCCUGGGGGCAUUGGAGACUUUGGAAAGUACCCCAACUGCACUGGAGGAGCGGCUGGUUACAUUGAUCGUUUGCUUCUUGGAGAAAAGCAUAUGUAUCAGCAUCCCUCUUCAAGUGUGAUUUACCAAACAACGAUGCCAUAUGAUCCUGAAGGGAUCCUGGGAACUAUAAAUACCAUUUUUAUGGCAUUUCUGGGACUGCAGGCAGGAAAAAUUAUCUUGCUCUACAAAGACCAGCACAAACAAAUCAUGAGUCGGUUUGUCAUAUGGAGCAUAGUAAUGGGAAUUAUUUCUGCUGUCUUGACAAAAUGUUCUAAAGAAGAAGGGUUUAUUCCCAUAAACAAGAACUUAUGGUCAAUCUCGUACGUGACAACAAUGAGCUGCUUCGCCUUCAUUCUCUUAUUGCUGAUAUAUUACCUUGUGGAUGUCAGGAGACUGUGGUCGGGUGCUCCAUUUUUCUACCCAGGAAUGAACUCGAUCCUCGUCUACAUUGGACAUGAAGUGUUUGCAAACUAUUUCCCUUUUAAGUGGAAGAUGCAAGACAGUCAAUCUCACGCCGAGCACCUGGCUCAAAACCUCACCGCAACAACUCUUUGGGUCAUUAUAUCAUAUGUACUUUACAGGAAAAGAAUAUUCUGGAAAAUCUGAUAGAGGUGGUCAAGGUGCAGUGGCCUUGAUUCUGAUGGGGAAAGUCCUUAAGGUGAAUUCACCUGAAAUACUGCCACGUGUGCUAGGCUGUAUUACUGAAAAGGGAUAUUUGUUCAAGUUUACAGUGCCAUAGAAGUUGUCACCAUUCUUUUAUGUGACUUAAGGGACAGUAUUUUCCUAUUUAGCAAAAACUUAUUAGUUUGUCUCUUUCUGUUUUCUGUAUUUUGUAAAUAUUUUACUGAUCUUCCCUCUUUAUAUAAAGAAAUGGAACAUACUGCACCAGUUGGGCAGUCAGGGACAGCCUGAUGGUGCUUAUGAAAGGAACUACAAGGGAUCUGGGUGGUGACUGCAAGGGGUUACCAGAAUGACCAUCGUUGCAUCUCACCAGGCACCUCCUAACUCACGUGGCCUGGGGGUUGUAUCUACCCUUGGCACCUGCUGCAUGCCUGCACCACUCUGCCUACUGGCACACAUUUCACUCAGCCAUCCUUUUGCCUCGGGAGCGUUGGCAGCAGCCUCAGCCCUACGCUUGGGUCGGUGAUGUAGUGACUGCCUGGGAAAGCACAGGGGCACCUCUAUGCAUGCUGCAGGAAGCAGUGGCUCAACUUAUCAUUCCAAUUUGGUCUGGGAUCAAAAUCUGAGGGUUAGGAUCCUGCUGCCAACGAUCUCUUCUAUUGGCUUGUUAAUCAUCGUGCUGCUGCUACAGGUUUAGCAGCCCGGCUGCACAUGUUCUGGGCCUUUGUGUUACAUGGCUCCAGCAUGGAUGAGGUCUGAGUUUCAUGUGCUACACUCUACCAGUGCAGAAAGGCCAGCUCCUAUUAACCUUUUAUAAUCACUUGAAUACAACAGCCCUAAAUCUUGAAACCAGCAAUACAGGCCGAAUUCAGCUAAAAAGGAAGAGACAGCAGACCAAUUCAAUGUAAGAUAAUAGUUUUUGGAAACUCAGGAAUUUCACUUAUGCUGUGAUAUCCAAACUAGUGCUAAUAAAAAUC